ACGAUCCUCGGCUGUUUGCAUCCGACGCAGAAGCCAGUUCCACCAAUCAGUGUACAUCACGAGACUGGCGGAGUAAGAUGUUUCUCAUCGUCAGAUGGAGUCGGUGGUUUCGCUCGUGCGUGAUACUGUGGUUUCUUCUCCAAAUGUGCAAAUGUGCUUUGGAACCGACGUUCAAGCGAUGCUGUUCGUUGGGCUCAAAUUGGGCAUCGGAAGGUUUGAAAUGCAACAAUUUCCCAGCUCCAGUUACGGGAAUUCAGCCGGAACAGCAAAGCGUGUGUUUGACUGCAGUUGAAAUAUGUUGCCUUCGGAAACACAGGGAGAAGCAAUGCGAGAUCGGGAAGGAGGAUGCAAGAUCUGACUCCAGCUGCCAAACGGCGUCUAUCACAGGCGGGGAAUACCGCAAGGACUGCUGUGAAGCUUGCAAACUGGGACUUAUGUCUGGUUCCAUGGGAAUGGAAUGUGUUUUUGAAAGUUUUGAGUUUGAGCCGCCAUGGGACAAAGCGUACCACGCCUGCUGUCUGGAAACACAGCCUUCGACCUCUUUACCGACGACCACCUCCGCCUCUGCGACUGCUGGUAAUCCGGAGAAUAAGACCACUGUCAUUCCGACACCAGCCCUGGACAGCCUGUGCGAGCUACUUCCGGGUGAGCUUUGCGCUCACAUUUGCGUCCCAGUCCCAGGCUCUUUCCGCUGUGAAUGUCGCGAAGGAUUUACAUUGAUGGCAGAUGGAAAGUCAUGUCAACAUGAUGAUUUACCAGACAGGUGCAAGAUUAACAAUCCCUGUGCUCACAAGUGUUUGGAUACUGGAAUUGCAAUUGAGUGCUCCUGUCAUCCGGGUUAUAAGUUGGCCAGCGAUGAAAGAAACUGUAAUGAUGUUAAUGAAUGUGCUCUGGGAAUUUAUUCAUGUGAUUCUGAAGAUCAAGCUUGUCGUAAUGAACCUGGCAGCUAUUUAUGUAUAAACCCAGACGGUUCAGUCGCAAAACCACUUCCUCGUGAAACUGACAGAGAACUAGAAAAUGACUUUGGUGCUGGAAAGUGUCCAUUAGGAUACAAAUUUAGUAUGCAGUCCCAAGUAUGUGAUGAUAUUGACGAAUGUGCACUUAAUGUGGCCAACUGUGGAACAAGCAGUGCCUGUCAAAAUACUAUUGGUUCGUACAUAUGUGUCAGGACUCCAGUGGAAAGCUGUCCUCCUGGAUAUAGAUUUGAUCACAUUCAACAAAUUUGUUCAGAUAUUGAUGAAUGUUCUGAAGGACUGGAUGAUUGCCAAGGAGACAAGUAUCUCUGUUUUAAUACAGAGGGCAAUUACACCUGUCAGCCACAGCAUGAUUCAAAGUGUCCAGCAGGAUAUAAAUACAGUAAAGAUGCUGCAUCCUGCGAAGAUGUGGAUGAAUGUGGGGAAAAUCUUCAUGGCUGUACCCCUGACAAAGAGACCUGUCGCAACACAGUGGGAGCCUAUGAAUGUGACAUGACGUGUGACUCGGGCUACCAGUAUAGCCUCGCUCAUAGGACGUGUAUUGACAUUGAUGAAUGUCAUAUCAGACAGCACAGUUGUAAAGUGGGAAGAUGUUUAAAUACCAUAGGAAGCUAUACUUGCACCAGUGAGCCAGAAACCGUCUGUCCAGCUGGCUAUAAACCAAGUUUAAAAAUUGGAAAGCAGUGUGAAGAUGUUGAUGAAUGCAAAGAAAAUGUUGAUUCCUGUGAUCGACAUUCUGAGACCUGCAUCAAUCAGAUCGGUAGCUUCAAAUGUGAACCUAUUGUGAAUUUGAUCAAAAAUGAAAGUAGACCAAGAAGUUUAAGACCUGCCCAUACUGGACGAAAGAGUAAAGAAAACCAAGUGGAUGUUUGCCCUUCAGGCUACAGCUACAGUUACACUAGGAAGGCUUGUUUGGAUGUGGAUGAAUGUCUGAUGGAGUUGCACAAUUGCUCUCUCAGAGAUGGGGAACAAUGUGUCAACAUGCCUGGAACAUUUAUAUGCAAGCUGUCACCAAAGUGUCCACCGGGUUACCAAUAUAACAAGACAACAUUGAAGUGUGAAGAUGUAAAUGAAUGUGAUGAAAACCACUUAAAAUGCACCCAAGAAGAGGACUGCGUAAACACGCAAGGAAGUUUCCGAUGUAUCAGAAUGUUGAGGCCCAGCUCAACGAGCGUGUCCUCAACGACAAUCUCACCUACCUCUCCGGAACAAAGUCUUCCGGACUCCAACCAGUACUGUCCUGCCGGUUUCCGAUACAAUGCCCAACGUGGAAGAUGUUUUGAUGUGAAUGAGUGUGAAGAGGGUACUCAUGUCUGCAAUUUGGAGGCAUGCAUCAAUGAACCAGGAGGUUACAGGUGUGGGCCUACGUCCUCAGAUGCGUCUCAGUGUCAGGCAGGCUUCAAGCUUGACCAUAGUACCAACACGUGUGUUGAUGUUGAUGAAUGUGUAGAGAAUGUGGAUCCCCCAUGCGAUAGCAAUCAGGACUGCAUAAAUUCACAUGGAAGUUUCCAGUGCGUAUGCAAGACUGGCUUCCAGUUUGACUCCCUGCUUCAUGCCUGUGUUGACGUCAAUGAGUGCCAGGUGAACAAACAUGAUUGCCUGCCAAGUCAGCGCUGCGACAACACCAUAGGCUCAUUCCACUGCAUUCGCUAUACUAGCUGUGGUACAGGAUACACGUUGAACGCUCAGACAGGCCUAUGUGAAGAUGAUGAUGAAUGUUCUUUGGGGACUGAUAACUGCAGAAAUCUUGGUCCCACGUGGCAGUGUCGUAACACUCUUGGUUCUUUCCGCUGUGAACGGAAGCGUUGCGAUGGCAAGAAAGUGCUGCUUAACAAUGGUGAAUGUAAACUGCUUGAAUGUCCAACUGGUUAUGAAGCAAGCCAGCAAGGCCAGUGUAUUGAUAUAAAUGAAUGUGAGCAUAACAAUCCAUGUCGACGAAAUCAGCGCUGUGUCAACACUGGCGGUUCAUAUCGUUGUAUUAACUACCUGAACUGUGGUGGUGGCUUUGAAUUGAAUGAAUCAGGGAACCAGUGCAUUGAUAUUGAUGAAUGUGCAAAAUCAACACAUGAUUGCGGACAUGGUCAACAGUGUAUUAAUCGUGUAGGUGGUUAUGUAUGUCAGUGUCCCGGUGGACAUAUCAUAAAUGAGAAAAAAGAAUGCAUUGAUGUUGAUGAAUGUACCAGGUAUGCAGGCCAGGUGUGUGCAACCAAUUCCAAGUGUGUCAACACUGUGGGCUCCUAUCGUUGCGCGUGCAGUGACGGAUUCCGCCAAGAUCCAAAAGGAGGCAAUGGUUGUGUAGAUAUUGAUGAAUGCGCAGAAUCUCCUGGUCUCUGCGAACAAAACUGCAUCAAUAUCUGGGGUUCGUACAGAUGUUCGUGCAACCCGGGUUUCGCCUUGAAACAUGAUAACAGAUCAUGCCUGGAUAUCGAUGAGUGUGAACAGUUCAAAGACCACAAUCUCUGUGUUGGUAUAUGCGUUAACCAGCCAGGGAGCUACAGCUGUCAAUGCCCAGAAGGAUAUCGCAUUGGAACUGAUGGAAGAACGUGUCAGGAUAUUGAUGAAUGUUUGGGUGGGAAUAAUUGUCAUAAUCCCAAUGAAGUCUGCCUCAACACCCGUGGAGGACACCGUUGCAAUUCUAUCACCUGUCCACCGAACUUCAUCAAAGAUCCAGAACACAAGAAUCGCUGUAAGCGAGCAUCCCUCUUCUGUCGGGAAGGAGAUACCGAGUGCCUUCACUUGCCUUCAAGCAUCUCCUUCAACUUCAUCACGUUUGUGUCGAACCUUGCCAUGCCACCCACGGGUUACAUCGACUUAUUCACCAUGCGUGGUCCGCUCUGGUCCAGUUCCAGUGUCAGAUUCAAACUGGAUAUGCUAGAUUCACGAGCUCCUGCUGGAAUUUUCAAAGCGACCAAAGAUUUCUUCCAUCUUCGACAGACAGCUCUUAAUCAAGCUAUCAUUUCGCUAAAAAAAUCCAUUGAAGGUCCUCAAGAGAUAGACUUGCAAUUGUCUAUGGAAUUAUAUCAUGGCGGUGUGUUUGGAGGUUCUGCAGUAGCAAAGCUCUCGAUAUUUGUUUCAGAAUAUGAGUUUUGAUAUCACAGUCAAAUACAGUAUAGCACUGUUUAACAUUUUAAAGUAUGAAUUUCAGUAAAAACAUAUUAAUACCAUCAUGCGUAGAUUAGUUAUUCUAAUCGAAAGUUGUACGUGUAGUUGGAAGAAAUUUAUGCGACCGUUCGAACACGAGUUCCAACUUCCAACAUGGAGUCUGUAUCAAGGGAGAUCUAUGUACAAUAUCUUAUAAAACAAUUGUUAGUUCCAACUAAAUGUGCUGAAUGAAUAAUAUUUCAGAUAUAAGGUUAAGACUUUGCAUGUUUUGUUUUUUUUAAAUUUUUCAUUUUACUGAUUUUCAGAACAAACUCCAUUGCCACGUACACGCAAUGCUUUUCAUCACAAGUUUGUGUUCAAAAAACACGUAAUUUAAAUGUGCUUUUCUAUUUUGCAAAAUGAAAUAUAGUUUGUGUUUUAUGCAUACAAAUUGAGUUAAUACAUGCAAGUUUAGAAGUUGGUUCGUUUGGACUAUUUCCAAGUAGUAGUACGAAGGGCUUUUGUUCCAUUUUUCCAUUCAGGGACUCACCGUAGAUAAUGUCUAAUGCUUAUAGCUGCGUGACGAUGAAAUAAAUAUUCUAGAAAAAGGGUGUUUGCUCGUCGGUGAUGUCAUUAUGACACAGCUAAAUUUAAAAAGAUUAUUUUCAUUUUAAACCAUGAAAAUUAACUGUAUUUUGUUACGGUUAAGAAAAUAUGUCAUUGCUUCUAAGAACAGAGACAAAUCAUUUCCUAUUUUAUUUCUUCUUUGUUAGAUCUAUGCAGGUACUACAUAGAAUAAUUGUAUGUUUCUGUGGUAAACAUUGUAAUUUUCAUAAUGGUGUAAUGAAGACAUUUUACACUAAAAUACAUAGUAACAAAAUUAAUGAACUCUGACAUAGAAUAAACAUUUUAAUUAAGGGACCAUGGUUUACAAACUUCUUGGAACAUAAACAAUGCAAAGGAUUUCUUAAAACUUAAGUGCUCUGUAAUUUUCCCUAUUUUAUAAGCACCUUGAUUUAUGUGAAUCAUUUCUUAACGAAAUUUGUCAUUCAUGAAGACUGAACAUGCAUUAUGAUAGUGUAAAAUUGGCACGUGAAAUGGAACCAAGUUUUAUUGUGUCUCAAUGUUAAAGAAGUGAGAGUUGUAGGAACCAAAUUAAUAACAUUCCAAAAUUCUUUUACCCUCUGCUGGACACAUUGAGACACACAACACACAAAAUUAUACGUUACGCUACAAAACAGUAGUUAUUUUACAUUACUUCAUGUUAUAACAAUUCUGGAAUUGUAGUUAAUGUGUGAUAAGAUGACUGCCCCAAAAUAUUUGAUGAGUAAGUUAGAUAACUCUUUAGCAGAUAAGAAAAGACUUAUGCUGUUGAACAUUAACUUCCUUCAUACUGAAUUUAAAUAGCCACCGUACCCUUAGCUGGCUGUAUUUAAUUUCAGGUAUUUAAAUAAAAGUAUGCAUCCUUAUGAAAGAUCAUACAUUUCCUUUGACCACUGAUUUUAAACUUGUGAAAUAAAAACUGUACUUGUGCUUGUUAAACUGAAAUUA